UCGUAUUUCUUUCCAUUUUUAAAAUUCAUGUGAAAAAUUUGAGUUCUUCACAAUGUCCAAGAUAUUGCUUGUAAUUUUGUUAAUAGUGGCAGUGGGUCCAUUCGUGGAAGUUCUGGCGGACCCUGAACCGGAUUUAAUUUCAAUACUAGGAGAUUCUUUUGCCAGUUCUGCUCGAUAUUUUACAAAAACUGUUGGAAAUAUUUUGAAUAUUAAGAAUCCUGUCAAGCCAACAUUAUGCGGCCUGAGAACGAAUGAACUCAUUGAACAUUAUGGAUAUGAAGCUGAAGAACACAAAAUAAUUACAGAAGAUGGUUAUAUGUUGACAGUGUUUCGUUGUAAUUCAAAACGACCUGCAUUCAGUAGGAAGAAGGCAGUCAUUUUACAACAUGGUCUUUUGUCAUCGUCCGAUGAUUACUGUGUCAAUAUUCCUGAACAGGCAUUACCGUACAUCUUAGCUGAUGCCGGGUAUGAUAUUUGGUUAGAAAAUUCUCGUGGGAACAUAUAUUCACGUCAACAUAUCAUCAAAAAUCCAGACAUGCCGAGUAGUGGCUUUUGGGACUUUUCGUGGUACGAAAUGGGCAUUUAUGAUCAUCCAGCGGUUAUUGACUACAUUCUCAAAGAGACUGGAAACGAAAAGUUGUAUUUCGUCGGGCACUCGCAAGGAACUACAAGUAUCAUGGUUUUAUUGUCCGAAAAACCGGAAUAUAAUGCGAAAAUUUACGCUGCAAGCCUAAUGGCACCAGUUGGUUACAUGAACAAUUCUGAUUGGAUGCUGCGAUCGCUUACUUUAGCUCGCCCAUUUUUGGAACUGUACAAGAAUAUAGAAUUUCUCCCAAGAGAAACAGUGAUGGGAUUGCCGGCCUCAUUUUGUGAUAUCGAUUUAACUAACUUCUGUGAUAACAUGAUAAAUCUUAUAUCUGGUCCAAGUGAUAGCCAAAGGAAUAAUACAAUGUUACCUUCUCUCAUUUGCCAUACUCCAAGCGGUGCAUCAAUCAAUCAAUUUUUACACUAUGGUUUGGAAAUACGGUACGGAUACUUUGGAAAAUAUAUGGAAGGCAUGGAAGUUCCAAGUGAUUUCGAACUUUGGAGAAUUACCACACCAAUUUCACUCCAUUUUUCACCAGCUGAUAAAUUAGCCACUUGGCAUGAUGUACAGAGGUUGAUACCUCAACUAAGCAAUAGUCUUGCUUACACACAAAUUAUAAACGAAAAAGACUUCAAUCAUGUCGAUUUCAUUUGGGGCAUCGACUCGGCCUCGUUGAUUUACCCAAAAAUCAAAUGGUUUUUUGAAAAAUUCCAAUAA